AUGGCCGAUCAAAAGAUGGCUAGCAACACAAGCAGCCCCGCGGCUUCUGGGGCCUUGCGCGGCGCCUCGCUGCUUAUACUGCUCCAGAUAGCUUCGCGGGCCAUCACUUUCAUCGCCAAUCAGCUCCUACUCAGAUUCCUGACAGCACAACUUCUUGGCAUCUCGACCCAGCUCGAGGUCUACUACUUGUCUGUGCUCUUUUUUGCACGCGAGAGUCUCCGAGUCGCCAUACAGCGGCAGGGCGGAACAACCAAAGACAAGACCUCGCAAGCCCGCGGCACACAGGCUGUUGUCAACCUCUCGUACCUUUCAAUCUUGCUGGGUGUCUUUGUAGCAGGACUUCUCGGCUGGCUGUAUGUGACGUCGAUCAGCAAUGAGACCACGGCUUCGGCUCCGCACCUCAUCAUCUCACUCUACAUAUACGCCGUGGCUUCCAUCGUCGAGCUCCUCUCAGAGCCUGCCUUUAUGGUGAUGCAGACGAGGUUGCAAUUCGGCGCCCGAGCAGCUGCCGAGUCUAUUGCUACCUUUUCUCGCUGUGCCGUCACGCUCGGCUCUGCCGUCAUUGCCUCACGAGGUGCAUUCGCAGCUGGGGUUCUGCCGUUUGCUCUUGGACAGCUCAGCUACGGGGUCACUCUCUUGGUGGUAUAUGCCUACUAUGGCUUAUCCCUAGCCAGCGUCGAAGGCUUCUCGCUGCUGCCAAAGAAGCUGGAAAGACCCUCGACCAAGGACAAGAAAAGCAACGCUGAGGGCUGUGUUCUUUCCCUCUUUCCCCGGCCGACACUCAACUUGGCCCGCAGCAUGAUUGCUCAAAGCUUGGUCAAGCAUAUCCUGACCCAGGGCGACACACUUUUGGUGAGCGCACUCGCCUCGCCCACAUCUCAGGGCGUGUACGCCUUGGCCAACAACUAUGGCGGACUAGCGGCACGACUCGUGUUUCAGCCCGUAGAGGAAAGCAGCCGAUCCUACUUUAGCAGGCUUCUUGCAUCCUCCUCACCUGACAAGGAGUCUGACAAGAAUGGUCUGCGCAAGGCGAAAAAGGCCGCUGCCGAAAAGGCCAGUGCGGACCUUACGAUUCUCAUCAAGCUGUACACCACUUUCUCGGCGGUAGUCGUUGCCAUCGGCCCCACGGCCGCACCACUACUCAUAAGUCUGGUCGCCGGUCCCCGCUGGGCAUCGUCAGGCGCCGGUGCCGUGCUGGCCGUGUAUGCGCUAUACAUCCCCCUGCUUGCCCUCAAUGGCGUCUCGGAAGCUUUCGUCGCUUCCGUCGCCACCGAGGCCGAAGUUCACGCCCAGAGCCUCUGGAUGGGUGCAUUUUCGCUCGCUUUUGCCGCCGCUGGUUUCGUGUUCUUGCGCGUUCUUGACUGGGGUGCCAGGGGGCUGGUUGUGGCGAACGCGAUCAACAUGGUCUGUCGGAUUGUCUGGUGCGCAGUAUUCAUCAAACGGUACUUUGGAAGGCUUGGUGUCAAAUUUGAACUGUCCGAACUGAGGCCCAGCGGCGUGACUGUCGGCGCCGCUGUGGUCGCCAGCCAGGCUGUCGCCCGUCUGAGUGGCCCUGAUGUUGCUGGCCUAGCAGUGCGAGGUGUUCUUUUUGCGCUGGUCAAAAUCGCAUCGAUAGGGGCUGUCUUUAUUGCGGUAGUUGCGGUCGGCGAACGACAGUUCCUCAUGCAAUGCAUUGACAAGGCCCGUGGCCAACGACAAAGAUCGACGGCAAAGCAAUAA